AUGGAAUCAAAUCAAGUGCAAAUGUAUCAAAUUUCCAAGGAAGGCCAAGAAAUGAAUAAAGAUAGUGUAGUACUCCGAGCUCUUGCUGCAGAUCCAAACCGAUAUAAGCCGUUAGCACAACACGCACCUACAUCGGAAAACCGACCACCGCCAUCACAAGCACCAAAAACUGUUUCUAGUGAACCUGUACCAACAUCGAUGUAUACACUCGAGAGUCGAUAUCGAUCAAUACCUGAGAAAGUUUUACCGAAAACAACAGGACCACGAAUGUACUAUAUCAAUUCAGAAAACGAACAACGGGAGCCGAGUCCACCGUUGACAAAAGAAGAACGUGACAUACCAAUGCCUAGAGAAAAAGAACAGAAACCGCUAGCAACUGUUUCUCUUGAACCACAAGUCAUUUCACAGCCUAUUCUUUAUUCUAUUAUUGGAGAUAAACGUGCGCCUAUCCACAAUGAACAGCCAACUCCAGUUUCAGCUCCAGUUCCAGUUCCGAACGAAAUUCCUCUACCUAUACUCUAUACAAUAACUGGUCAAGUCCAACGACCAACUCUUCAAGGCGAUAAAAAUCUUGUGCCCAUGGCCUCAUCGCCCACAGAUAGAUCAGCAAUUCUUUAUUCGAUAACUGCAAAUCCCAAAUCAAAAAUCAUCGUCGAAGAUCCAAGCAAAGCAGUGCCCGUCGUCCCAGUACCACUCACAAAGACUGCGUCAUUGUCAUCUUCAACAGUACCGAGUUUUUAUCUCCUCGUUGGUCAGCCACACAUUCCGUCGAGUGUUCCUCAGCCUCUAAAAGAAGUGCCAUCACCUCAACAACAGCCAGUACCAAUUCUAUACUCAAUUGUUGGCCAAUCGCGCGUUCCAUCGAACGUUCCUGAGCCUUUAAAAGUAGUGCCUUCACUUGCACGACAGUCUGCACCGAUCCUCUAUUCCAUUGUUGGUCGUCCAACCGUGGUACCGCUUACAAAAGAAUUAACAACAGUGAAUUUAAUUCCACCAACAGAACAUGUGAAAGCUAGUUCAAGUGAAUCUGCACCAAUUUUGUAUACUAUCGUGGGUGAAAAACAUACUCCAGCUGAUAUUCUAACGGAACAAUCUCAACCACCGGAGCCAAUUAAAAAACAAGUAAAUAAUUCUACUCUCUAUACAGUCAUAGGUGACCCUAAAAAGCCUCAGACAAUGGUACUACCUCAAAAACCUCAACAACAACCGCUUCUACCAUCACCACCGCCGUCCAAACCAACAUUCUAUCCAUUAGUUGGCAAACCACAUUCACCGACACGUGAAACUAUUGAGAAGCAUCAAAAGCCGUUGAUGCGAUCAAGAAUACCAUUACCACAAAUAGGUACUACUCGACGUCGUAGUAUCGAACAAGAAUCGGCACCUGAAGCUGACCCAGCAGAUAAUAGUCCUCCUCGACAAAAAAAACCUCGUCAAAGACGAUUAAAAGAGCCAGUAAAUCCUAGAUCAGAAAUCAUCUUUAUUCCACUCGCCGAUCAAGAUCGUCCACGAGUUCAAAGACAACCUCGAGCAGUACCGUGGCAAACAAGUCCCGGAAAUCUUCAUCGCCGGCCACAUCAGAUUCCUCAAUAUGAUCCACUUCAACUACCAGAUUACAUUUCUCCCUAUGCAUAUUAUCCAUCCAAGCCAUAUCAUGAACGAACAUGUCAUCCAACUUCACUACCUAUUGUCAAAUCUCGACGCCCUGAACGUAAAUCACGGGCGCAAAAUGGUGAAUCGCCUCCUCGAUCUGAUCGGAAACAUUUAUCCGAGCCAUGGGUGCCUCAUUCUCUCGACAGACAACCCACAGAUAGAAAACGUCCACCACGCACAUGGGAUUAUGAGAAUCAUAGCCACACAGAUAUUGAUGAUGACUAUUAUGAACCGGACGCAUUUUCGAAACACCCAAGCUACCGCGGACAUCGAAUAAGAACACCAUGGGUGGCAGUUUGGUAA